AUGUGCUCACGGCUUCUUUUACUGCCCAAGGAACUGCGCGAGGAAAUAUUCAGUCAUGCCCUCCAACCCACCGUUCUCUUCAAUUUUCGGGAUACCGAGCUCUGUGACAGCGACGAUGAAGAUGAUGACGAUUCGGAUGAUAACGAUUCAGAUGCAGAACCUGACAUAUUACUCUCCUAUGAAAUCGGGCCAAUCCCACCAUAUCUCCUCUUGAUUCAUCCCAUAAUCACAGACGAUGUCAGAGCUGUCGAUGUUUUACUUCGUCCUCGAAUCUCCAAAAUCAUCGAUGACGCAAUACAAAUCCCCGAUGAAGACGACAAUAGAUUCUGGAAUAAAUGCUUCAUCCCAGAGCCUUCUUCGGAAUUCCUAGAAAUCGCUAGGAACGGAAGGUUCAUAUUCGAUCUCCCGGCGAGAUUUGCAACCGAUGCAUUGGAUUUAAUAGCCAUAUCAUCGGUUGCGCGAAAUAUCACCUACAUCGCUUUCCACGGAUUCAACAUGUUGGUUCUGAGUAAACUCUUUACAUAUUGUCCUGCAGUUGAGACGUUAGCUUUCUUUUCUUUACCAACAAUCAUCAAUCGAUGGAUAUCGACCCAGGAAUUUUUUAUAAAGUAUGCAAAUUACGGAGCUAGAGUGGGGAACCCGUCGGUAUACUCGAGGCUGGAGUAUUUAUUUGAGUCCGGUGGUCCCGGUGAAGAACAAGCUGCGGCAAUGCUACCGGGCCAUGAAGUCACCAUGAGGCCAACGUGCAAGCGAAGAAGAAUGGAUGCCGACGAGUUAGAUGGACGAGGCCGUGCUUUUAUUUUCCUCGAAAAUGAAUCUGAAACGAGAAGGGCUGUUGAGAGUACUGUCAUCGCGUAUGAGUUCACAGAACCGUCCCUAGUUUAG